AGCUGGUUCUCAGCGUGGAUGGGACAGCACCGUCCUGCCAGGGCCACCGGCUUCCAAGGAAAACUCGGCCAGUGAGCAGCCGCCCUGGGGAGGAGGCCGAGGGAAGCCAGACCCGGCCUGCUGGAGAAGCAGCGUCUCCCCCACUUGGUCCUGGGAAGACCCACCCUGGUGUCUGCCCCGAAUCCCCAGGCCGGCCCUGGGGGGCUGUGGCGCUCCCCGCCCCAGAUGGAGCUACCCAGGCCGGCAGAGGAGCCAGGAGUCCUUGGCCUCUGGACAAGAGGGUCUGGGCCACCACUGAGCCAGUGGAUGCCUCAGUGCCAGUCGGGAAUGGGAGGAGCGCCUUCUGGAUGCUUCCGUGGCCGACCCCCAGCCCGAAGGGCACCCCCGGCUGCAGGCGCCCUUCUGCCGCCCUUCUGCUUGCAGACGUGGACGAAUGUCAGCAGAACCCCAGACUCUGCAGGAGCCACGGCACCUGCGUCAACACCCCGGGCAGCUACACCUGCCUGUGCCAGCCCGGCUUUGUGUUCAGGCCAGAGGACCCGAGGCUCUGCGCAGACGUGAAUGAAUGCACCUCCGGACACAACUCGUGCCACAGCUCCACCCACUGCCUCAACAAUGUGGGCGGCUAUCAGUGCCGCUGCCGCCCGGGCUGGUCGCCGAUUCCCGGCUCCCCCAACGGCCCAAACGACACUGUCUGCGAAGAUGUGGACGAGUGCAGCUCCGGGCAGCAUCGGUGCCACAACUCCACCAUCUGUGUCAACACCGUGGGCUCCUACAUGUGCCGCUGUGGCCCAGGCUGGAAGCCCAAACCUGGGCUCCAGAAUAACAAGAACACAACUGUGUGUGAAGAGAUGCUCUUCCCCACCUGGACCCCGCCCACUGAAAUCAACAGUCAGAGUCUCUCCCGCUUUUUUGACAAACUCCAAAAUCUAAGCAGAGACGUGAGUUCAUCCUCGGUCCAGACCACCAUCGAGAGCCUCAUGCAGAAUGUGGAUGAGUUGCUGAAGACCCCCGGAGAUCUGGAGACCCUGCCCCACUCACAGCAGCGCUGUGUGGCCACUCACCUGCUGUAUGAUCUGGAGGAUUCCCUGAGAGGCCUGAGCAAGACCCUUCCCAAUGGGCUGCUGACCUUCAAUUAUUCUGGAGGCACAGAACUGUCCCUGGAGGUGCAGAAGCAAGGAGUCAGGAAUGUCACCUUGAAUCAGAAUCAGACAAAAAUGCAGCUGAACUGGGAUCUGGCACAGGAAUCUGGUGACACAGGCCCUUCUGUGGUAGGCCUUGUCUCCACUCCAGGGAUGGGUAAGCUGAUGGCUGAGGCCCCCGUGUUCCUGGAGCCUGAAAAGCAGGCAGCGCUGCACAAAAGCUCGCUGCUCUCAAAUGUCAUCUCUGCCUUUCUGAGCAAGAAAAACACCCAGAAUCUCAGCUCCCCAGUCAUCUUCACCUUCUUCCACCAUUCAGUGACCCCUGAGGAGAGGCAAGAGGUGUUCUGCGUCUUCUGGGAGCGUGGCCAGGAUGGGUGUGGUCAUUGGGCCACCACAGACUGCUGGAUGGUGGACACCAGAGACAGCAGCACCACCUGCCAGUGCACCCACCUCAGCAGCUUUGCGGUCCUCAUGGCUCACUCCAAUGUGCAGGAGGAGGAUCCCGUGUUGACCAUCAUCACCUACAUGGGGCUGGGCCUCUCCCUGCUGUGCCUCCUACUGGCGGCCCUCACCUUCCUCCUGUGCAAAGUCAUCCAGAACACCAGCACCUCACUGCACCUGCAGCUUUCGCUCUGCCUCUUCCUGGCCCACCUCCUCUUCCUCACGGCAAUCAACAGAACUGAACCCGAGGUGCUGUGUGCCACCAUCGCCGGUGCCUUACACUACCUCUACCUGGCCUCCUUCACCUGGAUGCUGCUGGAGGGCCUGCACCUUUUCCUCACCGCUCGGAACCUGAUGGUGGUCAACUACUCAAGCAUGAACAGACUCGUGAAGAAGCUCAUGUUCCCAGUCGGCUACGGAGUCCCUGCUGUGAUUGUGGCCAUUUCCGCAGCAUCCAGGCCUUACCUUUAUGGAACCCCAACCCGCUGCUGGCUCCAACUAAAAAAGGGAUUUAUAUGGAGCUUCCUAGGACCCGUCUGUGCCAUCUUCUCUGUCAAUUUAGCUUUAUUUCUGAAGACCCUCUGGAUUUUGAAAAACAGACUCUCCUCCCUCAACAGUGACGUGUCCACCCUCCAAAACACAAGGAUGCUGACAUUUAAAGCGACAGCUCAGCUCUUCAUCCUGGGCUGCACGUGGUGUCUGGGCCUCCUGCAGGUGGGCCCGGCCGCCCGGCUCAUGGCCUACCUCUUCACCAUCAUCAACUCCCUGCAGGGAUUCUUCAUCUUCCUGGUCUACUGCCUCCUCAACCAGCAGGUCCGGGAGCAGUACGGGAAAUGGUAUAAAGGGAUCAGAAAACUGAGAGCUGAGUCUGAGGCGUACACACUCUCCAGCUCGGAUGCCUCCAAACCCAGCACGGAAAGAUCACGCGGCGUUCCCAGAGCACUUUGCUGA